AUGUUUCGGGGGUAUAUGAACUUUGUGUUGCAGUUCGGUGGAAUGAGGAAUUUUCAUUCACCCUAUUUCCGCGACUCUAGUGACAGUGAAGACGACGCCGAAAUUGAUAUCGAUCAGUUAGGUAUAACGCACUUUCUAGUUGCCCGUACGGAAGAACUUUUGGAAUACGACGUGAACUCGUCGGAUGAAGCUGAGGGUGCAUUGAUUAGCUCGCCCGGAGCAGCUUCGGUCAUGGAUGACACGGAUAGCGAUGAUACGUACGAGGAAGAAGACGGCAGUCAAAUGUCGGACACUAGCGAGGGUUCCGACAUGGAAGAUCAAGCCACCCGCACGCCGAAUGGCAACAAGGUUAACACAGCCAAAAGAACAUCGAAUGGCGAUAGUACAUCAGAUUCGGAUUCGGGUUCCGACGCGGAAGAGCAAGCUACCGAUGCGGCAAGCAGCAACAAGGAUGAAGCUACAAAAAAAGCACCAGAUGGCGGUCCGUCAUCAUUAGAAUCUGGUCCGUCGCAUCGCGUGAUAGACGAUUAUGAUGAAGAGCUGGAGGAUGAUGAAGUGAUAAAGGCGAUCAUUACAGAGAUCAAGAAGCCACGCUCGAAACCACCGGACAUUCAGAUGGAAGAUUUUGUCGUGGACCUAUCGUUCCAUCCGAGCAAAGAUAUCCUUGCCGUUGGAACGUCGGUGGGCGAUGUGCUGAUGUACAAGUAUUCGAACGAACAAAAUGUACUGGCAGCCACGCACGAGCUGCACACGAAAGCGGUCCGUUGUGUGGAGUUUGCGCGCGAUGGGAAAUCCCUCAUUUCGACUGGACGGGAACGCUCGAUCGUGGUGGCAGAUAUGGAAACGGGUAAAUUUAAACGGUUCUGGGAAGCGGCACACGAUGAACCAGUCUACUCGAUGGCGGUACUCGGCGAGCAUCUGUUCGCGACCGGCGAUGAUGAUGGUACGGUAAAGCUGUGGGAUUUACGACAGAAGGAUGCCGUAUUUUCGUUGCGACCAGUCGAGGAUUUCAUCUCGUCUAUUCUUACAAACGGUGUGCAACAGAAAUUCCUGCUUAUGACGAGCGGAGAUGGUCUUCUAACGACGAUCAACAUUGCUCAACGAAAAAUGUACGUCCAAUCGGAACCAUACGAAGAAGAGCUCAACUGCAUGGGGACUUUCAAGCGUGAAAGUAAACUGGUGGUUGGCACAUCCAAGGGCAACUACUAUACAUUCAACUGGGGUCAGUUUGCAUACCACUGCGAUGCGUUUACGGGACCAAAGGCAAGCGCAAACCGUAUGGUACCGAUUACGGAGCAAAUUGCCGUCAUGGCCGGUGAGGACGGUAUCAUCCGUGCGAUGCAUCUGGUGCCGGGCCGCGUGCUCGGUAUCGUCGGUCAGCAUGCGAUGGCCAUCGACACGAUGGACAUCAGUGGGAGCGGAGAGCUCAUAGCUACCAGCUCGCACGAUAACGACGUACGCUUCUGGAACAUCAAAUACUUCGAAGACUUUGACGGUAUCAAGUACAACAGCAAACCGGACCAACGAGCGUUGAAGCAUAACCUGCCGUCAUCGCAGCGCGUCAAUGCAAAGGACUUCUUUGCCGGGUUGAAUGAUUAG